CGAGCCCACCCGCCUCCGCCGAGCCCUUGCCUGCGUGGUCUCUCCGUCAUAGGCCAGGGCGUCCAGCCCGCCCUGGGCCCCGCUCUCUCCCCUUCCGGCAGGCCGGGGUUUAAAGCGGCGUGUUUUGUAAAAUAACCGCGUGGGGCGGCGGGGAGUCCCCGUGUCCCUGACGCGACAGGCUCGCGGGCAGGCGUUGGGGGGGCGACUUUCUACACAAACAGAUGGUGUCAUUGUGGAAAGUGUUUCAGAGGCAAAAGGCCCGAGCUGGGAGGAAGGCAGCGGCGGGGAGAAGCUGCCCCCGUGCUGGUCUCAGCGGGGGUUGCCAGCGGCUGGCGUCCUCCGGGCCCCAGCGCUUUAGAUGAGAGAUGUCGUGUGCUUUUCGGGGGGGUGUCCCCACCCUGCAAAGCCUUAAGCACGUGCUUACUUUUAAGCUCACGGAUAGUCUCAUAGAACUCCGCGUGUCAUUAAAAUUGAGCGUGUGCAUAAGUGCUUGCAGGAUACUUGCUACUAGGGUGACCAGAUGAUGAUUUUAUAGGGACAAUCCCAAUUUUGGGGGCUUUUUCUUAUAUAGGCACCUAUUAUCUCCCACCCCCGUCCCGGUUUUUCACACUUGCUACCUGGUCACCCUACGUGCUACUACUUGUAUUUUACAUCUACGUACUUUUUAAAAUCGUGCUUAAUUUUUUUAGUGGCUUGACAGCAACCAUUAAAAAGAAAUUAAUUCUCCCCUGGAAAGGUAGAUAUAAACUGGCCACUUCAACAUUUUUAAGCAGUCUUUAAAAAGAGUUCUGCACUUGGUGAGGAAGGAACUUUCUGUUUUUCUGUUGGUGGUGGUGGUUGUUUUUUAAUCUAGGAUCAUUUUUUGAGAUGGUGCCCAGUCCUGAAUUAUUUGUGCACAGAAAACUCCAUCAACUUCUACUCCGUUGACUUUGAUGGUGAUUUUAGGUGCUCAAGGCAAACAAGAUCGGAACCUUUUGUCUGCAAAUGGUAGCAGUGGGGUAUGUUGAAGAGUUGAAGGAACUUGCAAACUUGCAUAACUUUUUGUAGAAUACACCUGUUGGACGAACUAAAUGGCUCCAAAAGGCAAAAUAAAAAAAAAGAAAUACAAGUGCUGCCCUUGUUUGUCAUCACCAUCUUUGCAGGAAGAUGCCGCUGGAGAGCAGCUUACACAGUUUGAACCAGAUGAAGAAAUUAAACUUUUAUAUCAGUUUGGAAGCUAUCUUGAUUACAUAGAAACUCCCCGAAAAGAUCAUGGCAAAGUGAAAGGCAAAUCCAAAAAGCAUGGAAGAGAAUGGAAGACACAGGAAAUCGAAAGGAAAAAUAAGCCUGAUCUUUGCAACAGAAAGGAAAAUGUGGGUUUGUGUGAAGAAAACACUGCCAAUGACACUGAUCUUAAAAAGAAUAAAAUUCUUAAAAAGAACAAACAUGAUACUAAAGCAAAAAGUCAUUUGGAUUCAACAAAAAAAACCUUUUGCAAUAAGCAAAACUCCUUUGUCCCCUGGCCUUUUGUUGAAAAGAAAGCAAAGAAAAUAAAGCUAUUUCAAGAUAACAAAGUAAUUGAUGGUAAUGAAGAGAGCUCUAAAGAGGUAUAUCACAAACAAUAUUCUAAAAAUUCUAGAAUGGUUCAGAAGAAUAAUACUCAAGGCAAACAAAAACGUCUCUGCCUUCCCUCAUCACAUAAUUCUUUUGUAACUGAGAAUGGUAAACAUAAUGAAUUAAAUUGUAGAAAUAGUUCUUGGUCUCAGACAACUUGCAAACGUGAAGGUCUUGAUUCUAGUGUGCAUUACUUUAGUGGUGGAAUCAUAGCAGGUUUUAAAAAGCAUAGGAAAUUGGAUAAGGAAGUCCCUGUUGGCUGUUUACUAGGCUCCAACACUACUGAAAUAAACAGCUGCACUAGUAGUACAGAGCCUCUUUUGUCAUCUAGUCCAGCAGCUCUGGAAAUUAAAACUUAUGACUCAGAAGAUGAAUUCAAUGUGGAAACCCUGAGGGAUAAGGCAGCUUCUCAUAUGAACUCAAAAACUGAAGCAAUAUGCAGCAGCGUUGAUCUUAGUCAAGAGCUUUUUAUAACCCAGAAGUCUUUUUUACCAGUGCAAAUUCCCAAUAAUAGCAGUACUUGCUUAUCCCUCUACAGUCAAAACCAUGCUAAAGAUGCAAGUGUAGAAAGAAAGUUUAAACAAAAAAUCUCUACAGAUACUUUGGAAUUUUCUCAGAUGUCUUCAAAUAGAGAAACAUGUGAUGAACACAGUCAGUUUUCUCAGAAGGGUUUGACACCAAGUAGGGGUAGGAAGUCAGCUACAAGAGAAUGUGCAAUUCAGACAGAAGACUUUUUCAGCUCUCCAGCACUUGCUUCCUCCUUAAGAAUGAGAGAGAGAUUUACAGAUUGCCAUGAACAACCAGUGGACCUCAGUUUGCCUUACAGAAUUAGGUCAAGUGCUGAGAAUACAGGAAGGCUGUCCUUGGGGGGUGCAGGUGAUGGUGUUCAUGUAUCUUCCAAACACACAUUAGAGCCUGUGUGUCAUAUAGAAAAUCAUCCUGCUGGUCCAGUGUUUGAGGAGGAAAGAGAAAAUCAUGUGAUCACUCAGUCUCAAAAAUCAGAUGAGGUGAAAUACAUUCAGAUGCUGCUUAAUUCAUCCUAUUUCUUUAAAGUGAAAGGUGAUUCAGAUAAUAUAGUUUCUAGAACACAGUUAGUGAAGCCAAAGUUAGGAAACAAAAAAAAGAAUAGUUGUAGACAGUACAAGACAGGAGAAAUCCUAGCCGAGAAGGGUAUUAGUCCUACACAUCUGAAUAAAUAGUGUGCCUAUAGACACAUUCUUUAUAUAUUUUUUUUCAAAGUGAUUUUUGAUUUCAAAGACUGCUUUAUUCAUUAUUUCAGAACAGCAGAAGAUAGCAGGUAGGCUGGAAAGAAGUACAUUUGAAAUUAUAGCAGGUAAAGUUUUAAUUUACUUUACUGAAUUCAGCCUUCACACUGGGCCUUUUCUCCACAAUAACUUGCAUAACUUACACCAUCUGUGCUGCUUAUCUAUUUUCACCUAUCACCUGUUAAACUACACUCAUGUUGUAGCUUUAACUUUGGACCAAGUAAUCCUGUGUAUUACGUAUGUUGUGAGAACAUAUCUUCUCAUAAAACUUCAAAGUGAAUAGUUUAACGAGAUCCUCAAAUGAAUCAUAUACUACUCAGUUACUAUGUUGUUCUAGGUUAGGGUUAGCUGUAGUCUAAGUCUGUAAUUGAAAAGAAAGUUGUUUUAUUUCCCCCAAAUUUAUACUGCAUAAUUCAAAUAAAUAGGGAAGGUGUUUAAUCAAACAUUACAAAGAAUGUAAUGUUUUUUAUUGGUGCACCUAUAGCAGCACCUAUAAUGGUGAACAAGGACAGUCAUGAAAAAAGACACAACUGUGUAUCUCCUGGUGAAAGAAUGACACCUUCAGGUCCUGACCUAAUUUAUUGUAGAGUAGGUCAGGUAAUAUUUUUUUUGUUUCCCUUUUCUAGACAUACCUGGCAAGCUUGCACUUAUCUAGAAAUGUGUGAAAUACUGGUGGUUCUGGGUUGCCUCAAUCAAAUGCAGUACUGUUCAGAUUUUUUUGGUAUCUACUUGACUUCAGAUUUGUUGUUUUUAUUCUUACAGUUAAACCUCCAGGUUUCAGAGCAUGAGAAAUAAAUAUUUUAAAAUUAAAACGUAUGUAAUAGUCCUCCAGAUGACAGCGGUAUUAAGAAAAAUAGUUCACUGUGUUAAUUAUUCUUCAUACAUAUGUGGUAGAUUAUAUAUUCUUACCUUCUGCAUACAUAUAUUAUAAUAGUUAAUUAUAAAAAUGUGUAGCAUUUUGAAAUUAAAUAUUGCCUUUUAUUAAACAAAACUGUUCUUUACUGUGACUGUAGAAGAUAGUAUUUUUGAAGGUGACAGAAGUGCUCUACAUUUUAAAAUUCAGAACUUAAUUUAUAUACAGGGAACAUUCCUCAUUGUCCUUUACCCAGCAACCUGAACCAUUUGAUGUCUCUUUUUCUUUUUAUCUACAAAUGUGAACCUGCUUAAAUACUUUAGAGAGUUUCAGUAAAACUUUGCUAACCUGUUUUUCCUUUAUUCUUGCACUUCAUUUUAAACCCAAAAAUGGUUUUUCCUUAAAUUCUCAGCAAAAAUGUAAUGGUGCUAUAGGUCUCAUGCUAUGAAGACUUCAUUAUUUAUAUAAAAUGUGAUACAUACAUUUCCUAGUAUACAUUGACUUCUCAUAAAUUGAGUUAAGCUACAUUUUUCAAAAGAAGUGACCAAAGUAUGUUUAAUUCAUUAUAUU